ACCACCAAGUUCCAGCCCACUUGCACUUGUUGCUCCAUAGACGCAGGCUGGACUGCCACGGGAUACCCCCAAAGUAUCAGUGCCUGUCCUCGCCAUGGGGAAAAGGCUGCCGUGUGUCUAUUUGCUUGUCUUCGUCAUUUUCCAAGAGUCGUCUGGCUUAAAGAUUCAGAACAAGCUGCUGGCUAAAUGUCUGCAGGUGCAUGGAGGGACUUUGGGAGGCAGAGUAUCUCUGGGUGAUUGCAGCCCACAUUCAGCCUUGCAGGAAUGGCGUUGGCUCCCAGAGAGCCAGGCCCUCAGCAAUCACCACACUGGGGAGUGUCUGACCGCACCGAGAGAGCAGUAUGAAGGCGUCCACCUGCAGCGCUGCAUCUUCAGGGCCGAAAGUGACAACACUGAUGAUGCCGGGGUGGCAGCGGUGGAUACAGGCAGAGAGGCAAGCAGCCAGGCAUGGUUCUGUUCCAAGAAGGGCCACCUCACUUUGGUAGGGAGGGGGCUGCACCUUAGUGCAGCACAAGAAUCCACUUUGGUCUUCCUUUCGAAGGAACACAAGCAGCCUGGCAGCAGGUGGCGGACGCUUGGCAACCAGACACUGUGCAAUGGGAGAGACAACCAACACCAACCUCACCACAAUCUGGGGAAAUCGUUGGAACCUGGGAUUUUUCCAAGUGCCGUCUCUGAUAUAAGGGCUGAAUCAUUUGACGGUAUGAUGGCAGUUGAAGUCACACAAACAUAUCCUGUGAUGGAUGUGCCUCUUCUGUCCCCGAGCACCAAAGCCCCUUCAGAUCCCACCAUGGUUUUCUUCAGUAUGGACUAUGGGAUGGGCUGGAAGAUAACCAUGCUGGUACUUAGCUCGUUGGCUCUGGUUCUGGGGACUGUGAUUCUUAUCCUCAAUGUUUACUCCAACAGAAGGAAGAAGGUGGUGUGUGUUUUGAAGUCAUACACUCCGAGGCCCGAGGUGAGCGCUCCUGGGUCCCCGGUGUCCAGUGAAAGAGCCCCGCUGACAGAGCAUGCCAUGCACCUCCCGCAUUCCUCCCCCACUUUACAGCGAGGAGAAAUCCUGAUCGAGUGGAAGGACGGCACUGUUACUCCACUGUACGAGGCCUGAAGGUUGUGCUGUUUAGGCAUUUCUGGACACGGCAUGGUUGCUUGUGCAAGGUUCAAGUAUGUGUGUUGUGUUCUGAAUCUAUCUGAAGGGGAGAAAAACAAAAGGCAAAAUAAAAGGUUACCUGCUGUCUGUUGCUGUCAAAAUGACACCAGGCAAACUGUGUGGUUUUCAUAAAAUGUAGAGCUCAUGGAUCAGAAUCAGACCGUUUCUGUUUGACUUAGCUACCACAGGAAGAUAAAAGCUGUUGUGAAGCUGCCAGAGUAGAACAAAGUGUGUAAGUGUGAGCUGGACUAUAAGCUUUUAAAAGUCUUGUCUUCUGGUGUUUGAGUUUAAAGGGAUUUCUUGUUGGAUCAAAGGGCUGUUAAAGGCAUGUUAAAGCAUUCAGCCAUAUUUUUCUAGGCUUACUUUAAGUACAAUUCAAGGGCAAAGUAGACAAUAGCUUAGGGCUUUAGUUGGAGAAAUACUUGGGGAACUAAUCAUUUUUUUUUUUUUUUUUUCUUUUUUUUUUUUCUUUUUAAUAAAUAUACCUCGGCCUAUAUGAAGAUCUGAACAUCUAGCCCCAGUUUAAUGUUGAGCUGUGGGAUGAGCUGUGGGAUGACCCAUUACCCAUUUACUUGUCUUAACAUGCCAAACAACAAAUCCAAACACACCUUGGCUCCUGAGACACACCCUUAAUAUUGGGAUUAUUUGAGGAAAAUAUAAUUACAGAUGUUUCGCAACUUUGUGGUGGUGGUGUGUUGCAAGAAACACUGUUAGAUGUAAGUUGUUAAUAUGUUUCAGAAGGAAAUCUGUGCACGUAGCAAAUGUCAAAAGUCUGACACGGUAUAAUUCAGUACUGUUACAUUAACAUUUAUUCAUUUGAAUUGUGAAAAGAGACCUUGCUUAUAACAUUGAUUUGAGCUUGGCAGUUCAUUCUCAGCCUUGGAAACAGCAGUUGACGAAACAAUCUCCACUGAAGGUCCACCUGUGCUUUUUAACCCUCGCCACACAUUCUUCAUCAGCAGAUGAAGUUUGCACAGUUGACAUGGGCCUGUUUAAACCUGUUUAAACCUCUCCAUCAGUCUGUGUUCACUGUGAAGAUGAUGAGGUUGAAAGCUGCAGAACCAGCUUUUGACUGGAGAUUCUUUUAUCAACUAUCAUUGACCGUUUGUGUUUGUAUGUGUCAA